AUGAGACUUCAAGUGAGAAGUUCACAUUUGAAUUUAAAUAAGGUCAAAGAAUUUUUAGAGUGGAUAUUGAGAAUUGGAGAUGGUAAAGAAGGAGAACCUAAUGAUGGGGAGACAAUUAUAAAAAUUCCUGAUGACAUAUUGAUUAAAGAUGAAGUUAAUAGUCCGGUUGCAUCUAUUGUUGAAAGUGUGUAUCUUUUCAUAUCACAUAAUUUGGAUAACACAAAAUACUUUCAAGAGAGAGCUAUUCUUGUGCCAACAAAUGAGUGUGUAGAGGUAGUUAAUGAGCAUCUAUUGUCUAUUAUUCCCGGGGAAGAGAAAAUUUAUCUUAGCUCAGAUAAUAUUUGUGCAUCAGAUAGAAAUGUGAGGGGUUAUCAAGAGUUGUAUACACCGAAUUUCUUAAAUAGCAUCAAUUGUUCAGGACUUCCGAAUCAUACCCUGAAAUUGAAGAUUGGGGUCCAGUUAUGUUACUUAGAAAUAUAG